AUGGAAAUACAGAACGAGAAUGAGCAGUCCAAGUUCUGUUCUAGAGGCCAUUGGAGGCGAUCUGAGGAUGCCGAGCUCAGAGAACUAGUUUCUCAACAUGGCCCCCAGAACUGGAACCUUAUAGCAGAGAAACAACAAGGGAGAUCAGGGAAGAGUUGCAGGCUGAGAUGGUUCAAUCAGCUAGACCCCAGUAUCAAUAGAAGCGCGUUAACUGAAGAAGAAGAAAGUAGGCUUCUAGCUGCUCAAAAAGCUGACGGCAGCAAAUGCGCAAUAAUAGCAAGUGUUUUUCCUGGGAGCACAGAUAAGGGGGUGAAGAAUCAUUGGCAUGUGAUCAUGGCUAGGAAGCAGAGAGAAGAGUAGAGUGGUUCACAGAGAAAGAAGCUCUCCAGCUCUGCAUCAGAUGAGUCUUUGUCUUCGUCAGAUCACUCUCUCAAUUCCUCAAUCACUAGCAAGGAUGUUCCUGGAUUUUUCUUAAUUGAUGUUCACAGAGGUUUCUGUUAGGUUGAAGAUGGAUACCAACCUCCGACGGCGGAGGAGCUCCGACGAGCUCCAGGAAGACGCAGACGAGCGUGGCGAAGUCGGCGGCGACCCCCCCAGGCGAGCUCGAGCUUGGCGAACGCGAUGGUGGUUUGGGUCGAACGCGACCCUCGUUGGCGAACGCG